CGUCCGGCCCGUCUGUCCGUCAGGACCUGCUCGCCGCCAUCGUUUGGUCGCUGACUAUAUCAGCCUGAGCCGCCCCGUCUCUGCUUCCUGUUCUUGUCCUUGCGUUUGCCUUUUGCUCCUUGUCGUUGUGAUUCACUUGGUGGCUCGCAGCAAGCGACUGUGAUCUCUGUCUGCUCGACGCCAUGUCCACCGCCGAUGACAUGUCGUCUACCGAUCCUGCAACGUCUGCUGACGGCGAUCCCAAUCUCUCCGCACCCUCUGUCGAUCCAGCCAAUAUUGAAAAGAGCUUCACCGACGCCACAGCCAGUCCCGCAGCCAGCAAGAUAUCGUCCAAGGCCAAGACCCUUGCCAAGUCAGCGUCGUCAGCCUCGCUCCCGCGGGAUCAGUCAGCCGUUUCAACUACGUCGUCCCUGUCGGAGGUGUCCGAGAGGAGGCUUGCACAGGGCAUCGUGGGCUCGCUCACAUCGCUGAUUCCAAACUCGAUCCAAACUUCUGUCAACACCGUUAUCGGCAUGAGAGAAAAGACUCCGGCCGAGUGGUAUCACUUUGUGUCCGAAGGUGUCGCAAAUGCUGCAGUCAGUGCGGCGGUUGUCAUCAAAAAAUCACCGAUCCCUGAUGCAAUCGCCUCCAUCACUGGCUCCACGAGCGAGGGGCCCGAGGCACCCGAGGACACGGCCGACCUCGAGCAAAAGAUCAUGAACGUCAGCCAGAUCCUAGUCGGCACGACGGUCGCUGCCACCGGCAUCAUGGCCAAGGCUGCCGUUCGUGCCGGGGCCGCUUACAAGCGCACCCCCGGAUUCAGCGACAACAAAGACGUUGAGCAGCGAACCAAGCGAUUCCAGAAGGUCUACGACGUGCGCGAGAAGUUGAUUCGGGUGGCCGAAUGUCCCGGUGCCAUGCCCCUUGCGGCCCUGGUCGAUGCGGCAACGCAGACAGAUGACCUCGAGUUUGACGCCCAUCUGAUGCCUCACGAGCAGGGGCAUCCCGACGAUGGCGACGGUCAUGAUGCGGCCCUGCUCAAUCCGAGUCGUGGCCUCAAGAAAAAGAUCAGCGGCAUCCUCAUCUCGGGCGCCACGAUGGUGGCGUCGUCGAUUCUGGAGCGUGGGACCAAUCUGGUGCUCAAGUCGCCCGGGGCUGCGGAGCCCGUUGGGUCGGCAGAAGGAUCGCCCACGAGCCAGCCCACCCUGCGUAAACGUGAUAGUAUCGCCAGUCUGCGUAAGAAAGACAGCUCGUCGAGCCUCUCUCGCCACGGCGAAUCCAAGAGCCACUUGCGGACCUUGAAUGUCGGCGGGGCGGUCUUUACGACCACGGUAAUGACCUUGACGGCCGACGAAAACUCGGAGUUGGCACAUUGGUUUGGAGCCAAAGCGUCAACGGGCACUCCUGCGAUGUCGCCCUCUGCUCAAGCCACGCCGUCGAGCCCGUCCAAGGAGCAUGUUCUGGACGACGACAAGGCUGGACACCUGGUCUUGAAGGACGGUGUCUAUCACAUCGACCGCGAAGGCAAGCACUUCCACCACGUCCUCAACUACCUGCGGCAUGGCUGUCGCGUUGAAGCCGUGGAGGACGCCCUCCCGGACGAUUAUGUAUCUCUAUGCGAAAUCUACGCCGAGGCAGUCUUUUACAACCUCGAGAAGCUGGCCGCCGUGGUCGAGACCAAGAUGAUCGAGUCCAAGACGCAGAAGCUAACGACACGGAUCCGACACGAUGUCUAUGAGCUUGUCCUCUGCAUCCUCCAACACCACAUCUUCCUGAACACUCUCUUCAGCAUCAUCACAGGGAGCGUCAUUGGCGCGCUGCUGUGGCUAAUUUUCAUGUCCUAGACGGGCGAGGCACCAGGAGGCAUGGAUAGACAGCUCUGCGCUUUCCCGGCCCCACCCUCAAGCGCAAC